AUGGCAUUCGCUGGAAAAGAUCCACUAAGAGCUCCAAUAUCUCUUGCUCUAGACAAUAGAGAUGACCAAGAAGGGAACCAAGAUGAGCCAAUGGAAGAGGCUGAGGAAGAGCAAGAGGAGGAUGAGCUCCCCAUGUACCAAGAGCACUACAAUGCUCUCUUCUCCAUGGACUUUGUGGAGACCAAGUACCCACAUGAUGACACCAUGAGAGAUCUUGGAUCUUUGAGGAUGUGGAGUUGGUGCUCAAGAACAUGCAAUUGGGGAAGUUCUUCUCUCACCGCAUGGAGUCUUACAAGGAGUUGA